CCCUUUCCCUCAUUCCUCAAGUAGUCGUUAUUAUUGGAGUUGAGACCGACUUCAAGCUAUAUACCAGCGAAUGAGAUCCAGUGACUGGUAUUAUAAAACUGGUCCAAACCUGAUAUUUGUUGUCCCAAGAGAUGGCUUAUCUGAACCACUAAUCUGAAUGUGUUGGCGACGAGUGUGCGAACUGUUGAGGACGAAGAACAAGAAGACAAUAGUUAUCGUUUCAAUAGUGUUGGCAAUGGUGUUGAUUAAGCUCUUCGUUCUGUUUUUUGCAUUUAUUUUCUUUACUCAAUCGGAGGGACGCGAAGUUGAAGUCACACAUGAAGUCAUUUUCGAUAUAAGAAUUGGCAAUAAAAAUGUUGGAACUGUUGUGAUGGCUCUCUUCGGCAAAAUGACGCCCCGAACAGUUAAAAACUUUGUCACUUUGGCUGAUCCUAAAGGCUUUAAGGGAAUGAGUUAUAGGGGCACCAAAUUUCAUCGGGUCAUUCCUAAUUUUAUGAUCCAGGGCGGUGAUAUAACCAGCGGUGACGGUCGCGGAUCAUUCUCUAUAUAUGGCGAUCGAUUCCCCGAUGAAAACUUCGAGCUUAAACAUACAGAACCUGGUUUACUAAGUAUGGCCAAUGCAGGCAAAGAUACCAAUGGUUCCCAGUUCUUCAUAACAGUAGUGCCCACUCCUUGGCUCGACGGAAAACAUACGGUAUUCGGUAAAGUGGUUGAAGGCAUGGAUGUCAUCCACAAAAUUGAAAACUUACGAACUGUUGACGACAGACCAGUUAAUGAGGUCGUCAUUGUUGGCACUCGUGUCGUCCAAGUGUCCAAAAUUUUGAAUUUGAGUCAACAGUAGAUUG